CAUAACCACUUUAUCUUCCCUCCUCCUCCUUCCUCUUCUUCGCCAUAAUCCACGCAAUGCACCCGGCGACAGUCUUAUUGACAUGUUCCUUCAUCUUGCUAAUAGCCUUUUAUCUCUUCGGAGGGUCGAAGAUCAGACGAAAUGGACAAGCUCUGAGACGACCACCCAAUACGCUGCCUCUCGCAGGAAAUGGAAUACUAUUCCUCCAAGCUAGACACAAAUUAUUCUCUUGGUUUGUCAAGUGUGAACGACAGUUUGGGUUCGAAACUUUUCAGAUCUCAGUCCCUACUUUGCCUCCUGGCGUUGUAAUCAAUGAUCCAAAGAACCUCGAGUUUGUACUGAAGAAUGAAGGAAUCUUCUCAAAAGGCGAAUUCUUCAAAAGAAGGUCUUGGGAUCUAUUUGGCAAUGGUAUUAUCAAUACUGACGGCGAGCUGUGGAAAGUACAACGGAAGGCGGGCUUACAGUUUCUCAGUAACACUAACCUGAAGGCUCUCACGGAUGUUGCACUUCCAAAGUACUUGGACGACAGUAUUCAGGGUCUCAAAGAAUCCAAGGAAGGUUCAGUGAUUGACCUGGAGGACACAUUUCACGAGCUUACCACUAUCUUGUUCGGAUUUUUGGCAUUCAACGUUGAGAUCCAUAAUUCGCAUCCGUUUUCAAGAGCGUUUGACUUUGCAUCUGGGGCUACUUGCGAGAGAUUUCAAAAUCCGCUUUGGCAAGUAACAGAAAUCUUCUUUGGAGGAGAAUUCAGGAAAUCUGUGGCACAAGUAAAAGCCUUUGGCUCAAUGAUUGUGUCGAAUGCUAUUCAAACCAAACAGAACAAGGAAAAGGAGACUAAACUCGAUCCUUCCUCGGGUGACAUGUCAGGGAGCCUGAUAAAUUCUCUCCUCGACUCGAUUGAUGAUCAUCGAAUGGUUGCCGAUGCCGCAUUGAAUUACUUGUCUGCAGGACGAGAUACCACAGCGCAAGCACUCACUUGGACAUUCUAUCUUCUUAUGCGGAAUCCCAGCCAAUUGGAAUCAAUUCGCCAAGAAAUCUCUGCAGUCCUAAAAACCGAGCCAAUUCGUGACCACGCCAAGCUCAAUACUGCAGUCUUUCGACCUGCAUCGAUGCCGUACGUGAUGGCGGUGUUUUAUGAAACCUUACGGCUAUACCCACCCGUGCCCUUCGAGAUGAAGCAAUGCGAACAAGCGACUACUUUGCCAGAUGGAACUUUUCUUCCUCAGCACACCAUCCUCAUUUGGUGCACCUGGGCUAUGAAUCGCUCACAGUUAAUCUGGGGCGAGGACGCCGAUAUGUUCAAGCCAGAGAGAUGGCUUGAGAAUGGGAAUUUGAUCUCCAAAACCGCAUUCGAAUUUCCGGUCUUCAAUGGGGGUCCGAGGACAUGUCUGGGUAAGAAAAUGGCUGAGCUGGUUGCCGUUCAGGUUAUUGCUACUUUGGUGUUCAAGUUUGAUUUUAAAGCUGUGGAUGACCAAGAGAGAAUAAGCAAGAACAGUCUGACUCUGCCCAUGGAAGGGGGGCUUCCAUGCUAUGUCAGCACUCGAUCAACAUAAAUAUCGGAAAAGUUUGACCGGCUCUACGUGUUAUUGGGGGAACAUGCUCAGAAUGUCACAUGUUGGCAUAUUGAGUACAGUGUGGAUCAAUCGUCAAGAUUUGACACCCAUGCCCUGAUAUGGCCGUCGUCUGUGGAUCGGACGGACCACUAGGUGUUUCUACGAUUUUCAUCGAAUUCUCGGACCACACACAGAUACCUUUGGGCGCCACUACCGCCAUCUUCAAAGGGUUGUAGUACGCAUCCGAGGUUGCCAUUUGUGGGAAACACAUGAUGUAUAUACUGAGGCUACCAUCUUCAGACUGCUGAGAGUGCUCGAACCUGCCACCAUUUCAAGCUCUGAUGGUCUCAUCUUACAAGAAGUGGACAGGGGCUUUCAGUUGGGCCAAAUACAGUAGAGGAGCUCUGAUGUUGGCCAGCCUCAAAACAAUGUUAUCGUAGGCAUGAAGAUGGAAUCGAAUGAUACCAAAGCCUAAAUCAGGGGAA